AUGGCCGCCGCUUCAGUUCAAGAAAUUGUUUAUGCAUUUUUACAGACUUAUUAUCAAAGGAUGAAAUCUAAUCCUUCUAAACUAUCUAAUUUAUAUUCAACUACUGCAGAGUUAACACAUAUUAAUUAUACCCAAAUAACAUCAUCAGCCAUUCACUUAUGCACUUCUAAUGACAACAAUAACGACAAUAAUGAUAAAAAUAGUAGUAACAAUAACGGUAACAACGCUAUAGACAUGAUACCUACAAUUAAAUUAACUGGUAAAGAUAAUAUUAGUAAGUUUUUUACCAGACAUGAAAAUAAAGUAAAUAAAUUGAAAAUUAAGUUAGACACUUGUGAUUUUCAAACUAUGGGGGCUGCUCAUAAAAAUAUUUUGAUUGUAGUAACAGGAGAGUUAUUUUGGGAUGGCACCCCAUCCUACCAGUUUUGUCAAACAUUUGUUUUAAUACCGAUAGGUAAAAGCAGUGAUAUUUAUGAUAUUUCUAAUGAUAUUAUUCGUUUUACCCCGGAUACGUUCAAAGAAAUACAAACAAUAAAUGAAGAAAACUCAACAGAGUUGGAUAAUGCUAAUGAAAAAUCACAAGUAAGGCGAGUUGAUACUGUUAAUGAUUGCUAUGAUUCUACUUCACAGGCCCCUCAAAAAGAAAAUAUAAUAGUUAAUAAGAAGGAAGAGGAUGAUAUAAUAAAGGAUAAAUCUUUUAGACCGGGUAUAAUAUGUAAAGAAAAUGAACCUAAUCGUCAAGAAUUACAACAAAAACCAGAGGAGAAAGAAUUACAGAUUAAAAAGGAUUCUACUUCCUCCUCCUCCUUCUCCACCUCCUCUUCUUCUUCUUUACAUAUUGAUGAUCAAGAAACAAUAACGGUACAAACAAUAGAACCAUUACAAUUUAAUAAGCAAAAAGAUGAUUCUACAGAAGAAUUUACCAAAAGGGAAUCGGAAAAAAAAGAAAAUUUCAGAAAAGAAAGAUAG